UUUCGAAUUUCAAGCAUAAAAUAUAAAUAACAACUUAAUAACAACUUUAUUUUUGAAAAAUAAAUAAAAGGAAAUAUCGAUAAAAUUUUAAGUAAUCUGACUACCAUGAAAAAAAUUCUUUCAUAAUGUAAUAAACGUGUGAAAAAUAUACUAUUGAAGUGUUAUUGUUUGGCUAAAGAUUUAUAGAAGAACUUACAAUUUACAUUACAUCUGAUUGCUUACAAUUUUAAAUCAUGGUAUAUGCUUGUGUGGUACCCGGAUGUCAAUCCAAUUACCGAUAUAAAAAUGGUUGUGUUAAAAAACAUAUACCUGCUUUCAAUUUUCCUAAAAAAAAAGAAUUGAGAGAAGCUUGGUUAAAAGCUAUUCGUCGGAAAUACUAUAUGGUAAAUCAAAACAGCUCUGUUUGUAUUUUACAUUUUUCAAGUGAUUGUUUCUCUCCUGAUUCAAAUGGAACACGUUUGUUAACUAAUGCAAUUCCCAAUAUAUUUCCCAUUGUGUCAAAUUUGAAUAAAAGAAAAGAAAAUUGGGACGAUAAUCUUAUUGGAAAUUUUUCAAAUUUAUUAAGCGAAAUUGAAAAGAAAGUUAAUUUAAACCAGUGGUUUUUAUAUAACAAUAAAUAUUUUGUUGUUUUGUGCCACUUUAAAAAUGACAAACAAUAUGGAUGUAAAUUUAAAUUUAGAAUUAAAAUUAAUCGAGAAUUACGAGUGCGUUGCUUUUCAGAUGAAUUCGAAGUACCAUCAGAAAAAUUUGAAAGUAUUUUACCUAAAACAAUGAAAAUUGAAUUUUGGAAUCAACUUAGAAAAUUGUUAUGUUUUGUAAAUAAUAUGGAACAUAUUACUAUUCGAAAUGAUUCUUCAUUUUAUUUAACUCAUGCUUUGGAAUAUUUACAAAAAUACAAAGCAUCAAAAGAAAAUGAAAAUAUAAGAUUUUUAGAUAUAGCAAUGGAUCAGAUUAGAAUGUUAACAACAAAACGUUUUAAAUACAGUACUAAUUCAAUUAAAAUGUCAUUUUCUAUUUUUAAAUAUUCAAAACCUUCGUAUUCAAUAUUAAGUAAUUUUCUCGCUGUUCCUUCUGAUAGAUAUCUUCAGUCACUUUUAAAUAAAACUCGUAUGAUAGAAAAUAAUAAAAAUGAAGAUCAUAUUAAAAAUACUUCUAUCAUAGAAACUUUAUCGGUGGAAAGAGUUGCAGAAUCACCAAGACAAAAUGAAAUUGAUAUUAUUUCAGAAGACACUAUUGAAUGGGUGGACGUUGAUAUGGUAUCUAUCUAAUUGAAAAAAAGUUCAGAAGAAUUUAUUAGUAAUGAAAAACAUAGAAAUUAGUUUUAAUUGUCGGAUAACAUCGAUAAAUAUAUUUUUCAAUUUUAAGAGUUCUGUAAAUAUACAUUAACUAUUGUAUUUUAUAAUAUUAUGAAUACAUUUUUAGAAGUAAUGUAACAAUAUACAGAUAUUAAAAAAAAAAAUAAAUUAUUAUAUUAACAGGAAGUUUAUACUUUACGUUUUUAUAAUUGAAAAAUGUUAACAAUAUUUUAAAUUUUUAUGAAUAAAGUUCAUAUUAAAUACAUAUAUUUUUUAUCAAUAUCAUUAAUUAUAAAUUUUAAACUAUUUUCCCAACAUUUUCUGCUGUACUGGUUUUUAUUUUUCUUCACAAUCAAAUAAAAUGAAAUUUUUGUAAAAUUAUUCAUUAAUAAAUUCGGUAGCAAAAUUAUUUUAAAAGAAAACAAAAUUUAGAAAAAAAAAAUUAAGAAUUUUUCUAAAUUAAAAAUAAAAGAUAUAAAAAAAAUAUUGUUUGUAUUAUUGUAUUUCUAUUAUGGUAAUUCUAUGUACUUUAUUAUGUACAUAUUAUGUACAUAUAAUUACAUAAUUUUAUUAAUAAUUAAAAUAAUGUUUUCAAACUUUUAAAUAGGAACAGUUUUAUGGUACAACAAAUAAGUAUAUAUUUAUAUAAAUAGAAUAAAAUAUAACCUAACGAAUAUUCACAUAAUUUGGAAUAAAAGCAACUAUUAGUCUAUGGAUUGUGCGAAUUGAAAACAUUUAAUUUUUUGAUGAGAUCCUUUUAUCUUCUAGACACCUAUACACUUUCUUUGAUAACAAGUUUUUUUUUAAAGUAAAAUUUGAUAAUUUUUCAUGAACAUAAUUUCAUUGACUUGCUUAUUAUGUUCACAUGUAAAAAUAUUUAGAUUUUUCAAAAUUUUUCUGCUAUGUAUGUACUUUAUUAUGUAGUCGCUUUACAAAGCAUACAUAUUUAUUUUUUUAAUGCAGCUCAAAGAAUACAAUCACUUAUUCUAGUUUUUGUUGUUGAAAAAAUUCAAUAAAGAUGAAUGAGAUAUUUUUGAGUUUAAGUAUUCAUUACAAAAUAAAUAAUCUGGGCAAAAAAGUUGUCUCAAAUUUUGGUUUUAGAUUUAGUUCAUAAAAAACCUUUGAAGAUGUUAAAAACUCAUCACCAAUAUUCUGUUAGUCGCAUCACUUGAGGUAAUUGUAAAUAAUUUUGUUUUUCUGUAAAAACCAAAAAAUUACAAGUUGUCUCAAGGACAACAAAUCACGUCAAGUGAUGCGACUAAAAGAAUAUGGGUGUAUGCCUUAGCUCCAAUUUGAUUUUUAGUGGGCAUUGAGCGUAUGACAAGCAAUUAUUGACAAAUUAAUCAGUAUCUUGCAAACUAAUUGCAAGAUUUUUAAUAUCCAACUUUGUUAAUUUUAUUUAUUCUUUUCUUUUAGAUCUAUUUUGUAUUGAUUGUAUUCGUGCCAUUUCAAUGAAUAAUUUAAUUAAUUUUAGCUAAACGUUAUAAAUUGAAUGUGAAAAUAUUUUCAUUUACUUUACAUUUUUUAUGAUCGACUAAAUCCACCUAAAUAAUAGGUGCAUAUUUUAAAAUGUUUUUCAAUUCGUACACAAUAUUAUGUUUUUUUCUUAAAAUUUAAAAUUUUUUUCUUCAAUAAUAAUCCAAUAUUUAUUUUUAUAAUUAAGUAUAUACUAUUAUAAGCUUGGUUAAAGUGCACUAUAUUUUAUGCAAUUACAAUUUUUCUAUAACUUUUUCUACCUAAUAUUUAAUUAUCCAUUAAUAUAAUUUUGAAUUUUAAGUAACAUUUUAAAUUUUCUUUAAAAAAUACAAUAACAUAUGUGGGUUAUUUAAUUAAUAAUAUUAGAGGUGAUUUAUGU